GGACGACGACGACCUCUACGGCGACGACGUCAGCGUGGCCACCGGCACCACCCUGGCCACCGGCGUCUCGCGCAUCACCCGCAGGGGCGGCGCUGGGCUGCUGUCGCCGAUGAUGUCGCAGCCCCUCACGCCGCUGUCCAUCAUCCAGGGCGGCGCCGCGCCUGGCACCCCCAUCGACUUGCUGCAGGGGGCCGACCAGCACGGGGGUGCCCCAGGUGUGGCGGCAGCUGGCACUCCCACGGCUUUGCGGCUGCCCGGCAUGGAGGACCCGACGCCCACCUACGAGCCCGACGACUCUGCGGCCUACGAGGAGGCCGGCCAGGCCAGCGGCGACGGCGAAGUCGCCGCCGCGGCCGCCACGCCUGGCACACCGCCAGGACAGCUCCCCGGCGCGCCGCAGCCGGGGCAGCCGGGGACUCCCACAGGCGCGGCGCCGGCGGCCAGCUCCGCAGGGCCGGGCGUGCCGCCCCUGGCCUCCGAGGUGUUCCCUGGCCAGGCCGGGCGGCGGCGAACGCGCGGCACCGCCUCAAG